UUGCUAAAUUCCUGAAAUUGUUCUCUUCUAUUUUUAUGCCUCUCUCCCUGUCCGGAAGACAGAGCCCCUCCUCUGUUUUUUCGUUCUUGAUUUACUUAUUUGGCAUCAUGAGUUUUGCGAAACGAGCCCUUGGGCGGCGAGCGACGUUUUUGCACCAUGUAUAAAUCUAUUCUGUCGAGUUUCACUGAACCGUUGUCAUGUAGAUCAUACGUAGCCCUUCUUCCCUCCCUCUCUCCCCUCCCUGAGCCAGCAGCAUCAGGAGAUCCUUUAUCUCCAUUCGCUUCCCAAGCAUCUCUCGAGCCCAUUUUCGCGCGCGUUCUAACUUGCCGGCGAUUUGGGCUCUGUCUCUCUCUGAAAGCUUCGGCGGGGCGCCGGACGACGACUCGCAAGCAGUGAUCGAGGAUGCUGGGGAAUUUUAUCACCAGAUGCCUAUUGUUGGUUCUUGGGUAUGCAUACCCAGCAUUCCAAUGUUACAAAACGGUGGAGAAAAACAGGGUACAGAUUGAUGAACUCAGGCAUUGGUGUCAAUACUGGAGUCGACCCGUCGCAAUUCUUUUCCUACUGCAAUUCAAUGAAUUUGGCGGAUGCGAUUUGAGUUCUGGUUCAAGGGACAUUGCUUUGAUGAUUACUUCGACUAUGAUCAUCUUGGCGAUGUUCACAGUCCUGGAGAGAAUUGGAGAUGUGUUGAUCUCAUGGUUUCCAAUGUAUUGGGAACUGAAGCUGGGUUUCAUCAUCUACCUGUGGCAUCCAAAAACCAAGGGAAGUGGGUAUGUGUACGAGAAGGUGCUGCAUCCGUUCAUGUCGAGGCACGAGAGGGAGAUAGACACGAAGCUGGUGGAGUGGGAGGCGAGGGCAUGGGACUUCGCUUCUUUCAACUGGCAAUAUUGCUCGGAAUACGCACACGUUGCCUUCUCUCGGGCCAUGCAGUACUUGGCCGCCCAGUCUAGGAAUUUCAAGUCGAUUAACCCCAAGGAGGGAAGGAGCCACAGCUCGAUCAACCGUUCGAUGUCAGGGACGCCCAAGUCCGACUCGGGUGAGAUGAAUCCCGUCAGCGCUCAAACGGAGUACGUGUACAUCGAGGACCAGACCGAGCAACAAGAAGUGCAAGAUCAUGAAGACACAUCUCCUGCAAAGGAGGACGAAAAGCCCCAUGGCCACAGGCUGAGGCGCUCCCAUCGCACCAUCGACCACCACAUCGAUUGAUUAAUUCGACAAACUCAAAUCUCUCUCUCUCUAUCUCUCUCUUUCUCUUUCUCUGUUGUGUAUAGGCACAAAGUCGGGUUACCUUUCUUUUUCUCGAAAUUG